AUGCCAAAGAAUUCUUUAAAAAAACUUUUUCUAGCUUCCCUUUCCACUUUUUCAAUUUCUCAAGUUUGGGGAAAGGACUAUUUCAACGGAGUUUUAAAUCAAAAACUAUCGGAUUUGUUACAAUGCAAUUUCAUAGCUUAUUAUAACGCCAAAGUGGGUGGGCCCAACCCCAAUGCAUUUUUAGAUUUCGUCGAAGAACCGGAGCAAUUCCAGUGGUUUGUCGAGAAUUAUUUAUCGGUUCCUUUUAAGGCCCCACAACAUUUGAGUUUUAAUGGCGAACAUGAUUUUAAGCCUUGUUCAAAAAAAAAAUGGAUGUCUGAAUUUUUAAAGGAAUAUGAAGAACCCGAUAUAAGCUAUUUAGCAAAAUCUCUUGAUAAUGAACAAAGACAUUACUAUAAAACAACAUUUGGAGAUAUAGAACCAGUUGGUAAAUAUGCAAUUUUUGAAGUAAAAGAAUUCGAUUCAUAUUGUAUUCUUCCUCCUUUAGUACAAACAACUAUAAAAGAUAAAAAUACUAAAGAAUAUUUAUCAUUCCAAAUGGACAGAACAGAUUAUCAAAUAUAUUUAGAAAUGAUGGGUGGUAAAUUAUCAGCUAUGAAACAUUUAUGUGCAAAUAUGGAUUAUAGUGAAAAAAAAGAAGUAGCAAAAGCUAUAGCAGAAGCAAAUAAUGAAAAUAGUUUUAAAUUAGUAUGUCCUUCAUAUUAUUUAAAACUUCAUUAUAAUGCUGAAUGUAAAACAAAAGAUAAUAUUUUAUCAUGUAUAGAUGAUCACAUUAAGAAUUCAUGUUUAAAUGCAACUAAAAAUGAGGAGAAUCCAAGUAUAUGUGACCAUUUAAUAAAUUUAUUCAAUUCUUUAAGAGAUUAUCAAAUUGAAAGUUUCCACAAAUUUUUAACUACAAACGAAUUAAGUUUUACUAAACCAAAAGAGCCUUGGGUAAAACCUUUAUUUUACGUUUAUAGUCGAAAAGAUUUGGUAAAUCCCAAUAAACAAAUAUUAUCGGAUGCAUUUAAAGAAUUGAAACCAAAAAAUAAAAUUUAUUUUUCUUUUUCUGCUGAAAUACCUUCGGGCUCCAAUUAUGUUGAUAACACUCAAUCAAAUUUUAAAUUGGGCAAAAAGUCAUCUAACAUUUUUGUUGACGCAUUCCAAAAGAUCUUUUCGAUUUUUAAAAGGAAAUCACCCUCUAUUCCCUACAUUUCAGUUAAAGAGUUAUCACAUAAAAUUGACGAUUUUGAUUUUAAAACCCCUAAAGCACCAAUUCAAUGUAUGAUGAUAAAAAAAACUCUCGACCUUAGUAUAGAAGUUGAUAUUUUUAAAGUAGCGGGUGCAGAAAAUAUUUGUAGUGUUAUUGAAAAGUAUGCUUUAUCUAAAGAUAGUGAUUUUAAGAAAACAUCUAAAGACAAAAAACUUCAAAAAUUAGAUAAAAUUCAAAAAGGAUUUCAUGUUGAGUGUAUAUUAAUAUCUACACAUAUAGAAGCAUAUAAUUUAAUUAGACAAUAUUUAAAUUUAGAAAAUGUUUUAUCUUUAGUAAGAUAUACAUCAUUAUAUUUACAUAAAUUUUUUAAGACCGUAACAUCAUUAAAGGACCACUUUUUAUAUAACAAUAUGAAUGCUAUCAAAUAUGCAAAAUCUUGUGGAACCGCAGUUUUACAUGUACCAUCCGUUUUAUAUAGAAGAAAUAUAUAUGUUCCAGAAACAUUUUUAUCAUUAUAUUUAGGGUUAUCAAAUUUAGUUUUAUCUAACCCUUCUAGUCCGUUUUUUGAAUAUUCUAUAAUGGAUUUUUUCACAUCUUAUUUCAAUAAAGGAACUAAAAAAUUUAUAUAUUAUUUUAUUUCAGUUAUUUCCAUACUUCAUAUUAACCGUUAUUAUUAUGAACAAAUUUAUUGCCAUCAUGAUAAAUACUUUGAAGCAUUAAAAUCGAAAAUGAUUCAUCCUGACAUUGUUAAUAAGAUUUUAGAAAAAAUUAAGUCCAUAUUAAAUACUCCAAGAUACUCGAAAAUGCUCGAGUUGUACAAUAAGCUUGAAGACGACAAGUUGUUCGACUAUGACGAGAUGGUCAAAAUAUUGAAAGGCUUCGACGAGUUCGCACAAAAUAAAGAUGUGCAAGAAAGAGCCCAACGACAAAUUGAUAAUGAGGAAAAACCUGAAAUACAAACCCUUGAAGAUAUGGCCAAAUAUAAUGAAGAAUGGCUUCCCAAAUUUAGUCCACCAACUGUUCCUUAUGAUGAUAAAGAUCACCCCAAACCAAAUCCAAAUAUUAAAUUUGAUGAGAAUAUAAGAAGUGAUGAUAAUUUGACUAUAGCAGAUAGAGAUAAAGAAUUAGAAUUAGAAUUAUUUAGAUAUAUUGGUACUUUGAAGGAAAGUAAAUCUACAUCUGACAUUGAAAGUCAAUCUGAAUCUGAUAAUGAAAGUCAAUCGGGAUCUAAUAAUAGAAGUAAAACUCCAUCUGAUAAUGGAAGUAACACCGAUCUUGCGUUUGAUGAACAAGUCAAACCUACUGAUGUUGAAGAAAUGAAAACAGCAUCUAAAGAAUAUUUAAAUAGAUUAAGUGGCGAAGAUAAUGAUGAUGAAACAAACGGUUCUAAUGUUAAUGAGGAAGAUAACACUCCUACAUCUGAACCUUAUACCGAUGAAGAUAAAAAUUUAUUAUAA